AUGUCCGCCACGUACUAUUUUGCUAUAGUCGGUACAAAUGACUCGCCACUCUACGAGGCAGAGUUCGGCAUCCAACGAGACGAGAACAAAUACCUCAACCAAUUCAUCGUCCACGCAGCCCUAGACCUAGUAGACGAUGCACAAUUCACAAACAACGCUUGUUUUUUGAAAACCGUCGACCGGUAUAACGACUGGAAUGUAUCAGCAUAUGUGACUCCAAGCAAUAUCCGACUAAUGCUGUUGUUUGAAUCAAAGUCCGAUGAGGUUGUUAGGGCGUUUUUCAUGGAGUGUCAUGAGCUGUACUUGAAAACUUUAAUGAAUCCAUUCUAUGAACCUAAUACCCCGAUUCAAUCAUUGGCGUUUGACUCUAAGGUUCAUGCGCUGGCAAAGAAACACUUGUUGUUGUAG